UCUGGUAUUAGCACUAACGUGAUUUGCGCGUGUAAGUACGCGCAAGCAUCGGGAGUGGAUAAUAAAAAAAAUUAAAAAGAAAAAAGAAAUUGACCUUUUAACACCUAUCGUCUUCAUCCAAGUUGCUUCCGGACAGAGAGUAGUUUUCAGAACUUCUGAAAAAGAAGAAAUGGAGAUCGACAGAGGGGCUCCGUCAUGUGCUAACCCCCGGAGAGAGAAAUAAUAGCGUUUCACAGUUGAUCGAAAACCCAUUAUAACCGUCACGAAAAGGUAGAAUUUUUUUUUUUUUAUAUCAAAGAGAGGAUUUUAGGGUUUUAGAAUUUUUCAGAUCAGACGAUGAAGAACCCAGUGGGGGGAAAGAUUGAUGGUAAUACGACGCCGUGCUGUAGCAAAGUUGGACUGAAGAGAGGGCCGUGGACGCCGGAGGAAGACGAGCUGUUGGCUGACUACAUCAAGAAAGAAGGAGAAGGUCGGUGGCGGACACUUCCCAAGAAGGCCGGUUUACUUCGAUGCGGCAAGAGCUGCCGUCUCAGGUGGAUGAAUUACCUCAGACCCUCCGUCAAACGCGGCCAGAUCGCCCCUGAUGAAGAAGAUCUCAUCCUCCGCCUCCACCGCCUUCUCGGCAACCGAUGGUCGUUGAUAGCUGGGAGGAUUCCAGGACGUACAGACAAUGAGAUAAAGAACUACUGGAACACCCACCUGAGCAAGAAGCUAAUCAGCCAAGGAAUUGAUCCAAGAACACACAAACCCUUUCUCCAUUAUCAAAGUCAAAAUUCCUCAUCAUUACCUGCUAAUUACAAGCCGCCUUCUUCGUCUUCUUCUUCCAGACCCAAACGCAAGCAGCAUAAGCAGCAUCUCAGACAGCUCAGCCGCCAUUAUUCCAACAAGCCGAACAAUGAUAAUACUAAUACUGACCCUGUACUGCUGUCUUCUUCCUCGGCAGAAACCUGCAACGCUGACAACGGCGGUACUUCCACUCGUCAUGAAGACGAUCGAGUGAUGACGAAAGAAACUGGGUAUGAGUUCAACGGCGGCGGUGGCCCGCUUGUUGAUCAUGGUCACUCGAGCUUGAUGAACUACGAGGAGGAUUCUGUGAUGAUCAUGAAGAGCAAUAACGGAGAAGAUAAAGAAGGGAGCUUCUGCAAUGAAGAUAUUUUCUCUUCCUUUCUUAAUUCACUUAUCAACGAGGACCCUUUUGCAAGCCAAGUGUAGUAGCACAUACACACACAUAUAUAUAUAUAUAUAUAUAAAUAUAUCUAUGGACGUACGUAUAGAUUAUAUGCUGGAAUUGCAUCGACAAUCUCAUCAUCAUCAUCACGGUCAUGAUCUCUUCUCGUGUUCGGCUUUUGGGCUUGGAGGCAUUGAUCACCCCCCCACCUUCUUGAAAUGGUGCUACUAUAUAUAUUUACUGCUUGGUUCAGUUAUAUGUAUAGAUUGCACAUACAUGAUCGU